AUGGAAGACCUGGUGUCGGGCUUGGCCCUUCAUUGGCGGCUACAAUGCACUAUCGAAGAGGGCUGCACGACUCACACAAAAUACGUGUCUGACCAUGCGACAGGAGUUCGGCGAAUGCCCAUCCAGGAGAGGUGGGAGCGUGAUGAGCAGAGGUUGGGGCAGGGCACCUUUGGUGUUGUUUGGCGAGAGGUGUGCACGUCGGGCCCUAGCACUGGUCAAUCGCGUGCCGUGAAGCAGAUUUUCAAGAACUUUGGGUCGCGGUCGAUCUCUUCCAAGGCUCUGUCAGCCGAGCUCUCUGCCAUAAUGAGGUUCUCCGACGAAGCGUAUCGCGAUUACUUCGUCAGGUCAUAUGGUUGGUACGACACCAAUGAUUUUCUAUACAUUACUAUGGAGUACCUCCCACUUGGGGAUUUGUCGCGGUAUUUGAAAGAUCCCCUACCCGAAGCACAGGCAGCCAGCAUAAGUCUACAGGUCUUGGAGGGACUUAGAUUCAUGCACCAAAACAAGUUUGCUCACCGCGAUCUGAAGCCGAAUAAUCUUCUUGUGCAGCACGCCGGUCCGUCCUGGUGGGUUAAGAUAUCUGAUUUUGGCACGAGUAGAGAGAUGGAUAUCGCCACUUGGUGCUCCAACGUUGGAACAGUUGCGUAUCAAGCGCCAGAGGUCCGUGGAAUCGUUAAACUGGAUGAUGCGGCCUCAGGAAACCCACUGCUAUCCCCAUCUGUCGACAUUUGGGCUGUUGGUGCGAUUGCUUUCCGCCUCACGUCUGGGCGGGUGCCUUUCGAAGACCUAUUGAGCCUAUGCAGAUACGUAGGCCAGAGCGACCCGUUACCAUUCGAAAAUGGCAUCAGCGAGAAGUCCAACACGUUCGUUGCAAGGCUUAUGGCUCCUAUGCCACAUGAUCGGCCCUCUGCCUCAGAGGCUCUCGCUGAUCCAUGGUUGAGCGUCUCGGCAUCGGAGUUGGAUGUAAUACGCACAGAUCAUCCAAUGACGACACUGGUCAUAGAGCCAAAUUCAAUCCCGGACCUAACGGAAGAUGCCUCAGCAGAGUGGCCACCUACUGAACCGUGUAAUGAACCGCCUCCUUAUUUAGCGAUAUCCCCCAUCGAUGUCUCCCACGAUGCCGACUUUGCCCAGCCCAUUCAACAAGAUUGGCCUACUUCACCAAGUUCGCAUAGCCAAAGGGUGUCUAGUGCAGAGACAGGCGACAACGGCCCACGCCUAAUGGAUGACAGGAAGAGCGAUGCUUUGGAACAUAACAUACUGCCUAGAUCCAAGCCUUUAGCUUCGCCCAAAAGGCGCCAAAGUCCACCCAGGGCCGAAUAUCCUGAGAACGGCAGGCGCAAAAGCCGGGUGCUUAAGCUGCCGAGUGGCAAAGAAGUAAAUACAUUGUCGUUCGAAAGCCAGGGCUGCAGGUUGGAAGCUAUUAAGUAUUCUGACGAUGGAAGAACACUCUUCCUAAUCACAAAUCACUACAUCCAUACCUAUCAUUCGGUAGGAGAAGGGCAGUGGGAUCAGGGCACAAUCAUUGACAUACGGCGAAGUGGCCGAAAUUGGAAAAUAUGGGAAGGGAUCAAGCCUAUUGACAUCCCUAACAAAAGCAUUCACAGUUUCGUGAUAGCUGAUCGCAACCCCGUACUUUGUGUCCGCGAUACUGAAGGAACGAACUUUGUGAAUACCUACACCAGCGAUGAUCGAGGCGUAUCUUAUCGGCCUUCCACGUUCACGAUCCCCUUAGAGAAGGAAAUCACGGCCUCGGCGAUUUCUGGAAAUGGAAAACUACUCAUCAUUAGUUGUUCCCAUGAGUUGCAGCUUUGGAAUUUGGCCUCUAAGUCUCUGCAGCAGAGAAUCGGGGUUCCAGAUAAAACUUUGGCCUUCGUCUUUUCCACUGAUGGCUCGCGAUUUGCCCAGAUAAUAGAGAGGCCCUUUCCUGCUAAGAGCGGCAUACGUAUCGGUGAUUCCUCAUAUAUAUGGGAGUUCGAUGAGACCACAGAUGAGUUCGCAAACCGCGACAGCUUUAAAGGGGUGGUGCAGAAGAUGUUGGAUGCAGGGGGCUUCCUCCUGUCAAGGGAGGGAUGUCUGUUUCUCCGUCGUGGGUCAAAGGAGACUAAGUUGUUGACAUUCCCAACGCUAUACCACUACUGGUACUGUUUCUCACGCGAUGCUCAGAAACUAGUCGUAGCUUGUUAUGAUAGGGAUGAAAAAAUUGGGGGUCUUACUGUUUGGCACAUGAACGGGGAUCGUUUCUCGAGAUGCCAAAAGCUCUUUGAAGGUGGCAUCGAAAUUUUUCGUCUCCUAACCUUCUCUCCUUCCGGUCAACAACUGGUAUGGGUCGAUAAAAGAUACGAGACGACGGUGUUCUUUUGGGACUUGUGA